AGGUGAACAAGUGAAGAGUGAAUUCACACUUUAAAGAGCAGCGAAGACCAUCUUGCCAUGAAACCAUUCACAGAUGAAGAUGUAGAAAUCUACAUCCAGAGCAAGGUGGAAAGGCGGCAUUACCUGGUUUCCAAAGCAGUGGAGGAGGUGCAGAAAAUCAUCCAGCAGCUGACCGCAGAAAUCAGCUACAAGGCUGUGCGAUUCCAGGCUAUCUCCAACUCUGGCAUUCACAAUGAGAACAUUAAGGAUCAGCCAGCUUUACUGGCCAAGUGGUCAGCUGUGCUUCGGAGGAAGCGCCCAUUCCACCCAUCCAUCCAGGUCUUAGCACCCAGCCAGUUCCUCAUCACAGUUCCUCUGCGUGGCCUGACCGGUUACAGGGAAUGCCAGGUACGGCACUGGCGCUAUUACACCGUGCAUGGAGCCAAGCUCCUCUCCUCCGUGCGGGACCCUGAGGAACUGCAUCAGUGGCUGGAGGUGGAGCAGUUCUCAAAAAGCCUCCAGCAGUGGCAUGAAGAGGAUGUGAACAUUGAAGGUGAUCUGGUUCCAGCCAAAGUCCUUAUCGUCUUCCGGGAGCUGGUGGAGAAGUCGAUUGUCUCCUGUAACCUCUCCAGUAAAGUGACAGUGCUGGAAAGCUUCAGCUCAGUGGUCCGGGUGGCUGUGGAGACAUCAGAAUCCCAAGUUGAAGUGGAGCUGGUCCCUGCUGUGGAGAUUCCAACGUGCUGGCCCGAGAAAGCCCGGUGGCCUCGUUGCCUUAAGCGUUGGCCUUCUCAGGAAAAAGUGCAAUGCAUCAAGUCACUGGGUUUCGACCUCCUAGCUCGCUCUAAUUAUCACUGGCAGCUGUGCUUCUCCCGUGCUGAGCACAUCCUCAUGGAGGGACUUGAUGAAGAUGGUGGCUGUCGCAGGAAGUGCUUCAGGGUCAUGAGGCAGAUGAAGGAAGAUGUCUGGUGUGCUGGGAAUAAGCCUGUCAUCACAGCUUAUCACCUUCAGACAGUGCUAUUCUGGACGUGUGAAAAAUACCCACGCACCAAGGAUUGGCGCUGCUUCCCUGAAGCCUUUCUGAGGCUGGUACAGAAGCUGCACAAGUGUGUAAGCCAGCACUUCCUCAAGCAUUACUUUCUCAAGAACACCAAUCUGCUCAAAUAUGCCAACACCAGUGACCUGGACCUGGUGGCCAGCAAGCUGGCAGUCUUCUUGGAGAACCCUGUUUUCUGCCUGGACUAAGGCAGGCAAAGGUCAUGCCCCAAGCCCGAGUGGAUCCCCCAGCUCCUCUCCCCACCUGUGGUUGCUCCCUGUGUCCUUCCAGUAGAUGUUGCAGCUGGCUCUGUGAGACAGUUGGCACAUGCAGCGCUAAAGAGAAGUGUUGAGCUGGCAGCGGUGGGCGGUGAAAACUGAUAGGAGGUAUCACUUGAUGCCCAGCUGAUCUAAUUUGCUUUCAACAGUGACAGCCUGCCUGGAAGCUACAGCCAGUGAAACCCAACUUUGUGUGUCAGUCAGAGCAGGCAACUGCCUUGUUCUGUGUCUCCAGUCUUGUGGCACCUAAGCUGAAAGGCAAUGCAAAGGAGUCUCGCUCUGCUGCCUCUGUACCCUAGCACAUGUAUUGUUGCUGCACUCACCUUUCUCACAAGGACAGCGGGUUUAAUUGCCUGCUUACCUCACAGGCCAGCUCUGCAGAGGGGCAGAGGAACAUUUCUGAGGUGUUCUGGACGCCGGAAGCUUUCUCAGAGGAAAUUCAGUUCAGUGAGAUCCUGCUCCAGUAGGAGCCCAGUAGGAAUUUAACCAUGCUGCUAGUGUUGAAGAGCUCAGAGAAGCAAGAAGAGGAACAGUGGGUUUUGCCUCUUCAUUUUUCUCUCCUCCACUUACAUUUUUCUUCCAAUUGCUUAAAAUAUGUCUUUUUCAUGUUUGUCUUUGCCAGUUGUGUUAGUGCCAUACAAUCGGGCUUUGGCAGGGCAGAUUUCACUCCCAUCCCUGGCUCUACCCAGCAGGCUGGACCAGGAGCAGGUCUUUCCCUACUUAACACCCACCUAUUUUUGGGUGCAGUGCAGAAGGAGAGUACUUUUAAAAGGCUCUUACCUCCAAGACUCCCAGUGCUUUUAAUUUUGUGGAUAUUUCAAAACAAAAUGGAUUUUAGUAUUUCAAAAGAACAGAGCUUUAGAAAUGAUAUAAAGAGUUCUGGGUUUAAUGUUAUUAAAUCGCUGAAACUAAACCAAGAUAGAGGGAUUUUAGGUUUGGUUUGAUGGGGUUUUUUGGUCCCAUCUGUGCAGGAAAGUAAACAAGCCCUUUGCCAAGGCGGCUGGCAGAGGUGGGAUUUGCAUCCCACAAUCCAGGGAGCUGCAUGAGGCGCAUCCGUGGCGCGGCAUCUCCCCAUCGUGGCAGACUGCGGUACAGCCAGGGGUCUCCAGCACAGCCUCUGCCUCUGGAGCAGGCUGUCUUCUACAGUUUUCUGAGCAGAGCAGAUACGGGUCAGGAAGGAUCCCAGCUGUGUGGUCCUGGUCUGGUUGUGGUCCUGUGUCUCCUGCAUCAGAUCUCACCAUGUAUAGACCUGAUCCCACCAUGUAAACUGGCACCCACGUUGCUCCGAUCCUCGGAACACCCUCCAAGCCACCUUUCCACAUGGGUAACUGCAUUGUGUGGAACUGUUUCGAACAGUUAACUUCUCUUGCUAAACCUUUGUUCUCCAAGUCCCCUAAAUGGGACACAAGCGUCAGUUUCAUGAUGACACCUCCUGUUCAAGUGUGGCUUUCCUGUUUCCUGUGAGCUGAGCUCUUCCAAUAACAUGCAAGCAGAUGCCAAUCUGCCAGGCAGAGUCAGACAGCUGUGGCAAUGAAGUAAUGUCUCCUGUUUCAUCUUGUUUUUGUCUUGUGGUUGAAGGGCUGGCUUCAGAAGUUAGAGGAGGGCAAAACCAAUUCAAAUUGUUUGAGGACAGUGCAAAACAUUCAGAGCUGUUAAUCCCAAAUUUAAUAUUUUACUGCUCUGAUGGUUCUCAUGGGAUUUAGUUGUGACUGUUGAAGAAUUUAUCUCCCUUUAUAGCCGUGUGAAAAAAAAAUGUUUCAGUGGUGAUACCUUAACUUGGAUGCAGCUGUGUAUCAGAGUCCUCAGCUGCUGGGGUUCACAACCUGCUGUGAAGCAAAACCACGGGCAUGCAUCGUGUGCUGCACACGGAAUGUUCCGCUGCUCUGCCAGAGCGGCAGCCUCUUACAGCCAGCAAUGACUCAGCACAGCCAGGAAAUAACCACAGAACGAUGGACCCCUGCUCUGAGCCCAGUCUGAUCAGUUUUUGCUCUGUUUUCUUCUUGUUUACACAAGCAAAUGCAUCAGCUAGCAUAUGCUGCUGCAGAAAGUAUCCUUGUUACCACUGAAACGUGGAAGGUACAUUACUACGAAGACACAGGAACAGUCCUGCAGCUUUUUCUCCAGAACAGCAAGAUGUGAUACAGCUGGCCACUGGCAAAAGGAAAUGGCUUUGAGGAAAGGACUGAUGUGUUCAUGGAAGCAGUUGAAUACAAGAAUUAAUUCCUUUCAGAGACAUCUUUGAGAUACAAUCUUACAUCAUCUCAUGCAGGUCUGCUUAGGUGUGUGGGAUUUUGUUGUGAGGCAGUUUUUGUGGCUGUGGGAGAGUUGUGCAGGAGGUCUCUUGUUAAAAAAACCAAACUUGCCUAAUAUAUUUGUCACAUUUCUUACCACAGUAAACUUUCUGCAAAUAGCUUUUCACUCAUACACCAAGCCUGACUGCAAAUCAUGGCCUCAUCCCAAGAUUUUCCUCCAAAAAGAGGUACCACUUUGUGUUUUGGCUACAGAAUAAGUUUUAUGUUUUUCAUAUUUAUAACUUUUAUUUUUAAAAAGUGAGCAUCUGGACAAAUACAGACUUUCUUGAAGUAAGUUUAAUCAAAAGUUUUUUGUUCAGAAUGUCUGGAAGGAAUGUGAUGACCAUUUUCUCUCCCUCUCUUUCUCACUGCUUUAAUGAGUAUUUGCUGUAUUCUCAGCCCUCGCCACAGU